AUGCUCGCCAGCCUGCUCGCCCUCCUCCCCCUCCUCGCGGGCACCGGGGCCACUCGCGCCUGGUCGCCCGAAGAGCUCGAGUUCCGCAACUCGCAGCUCAUGAUCGCCAAGGAGCAACUGCUUGCCGGUCCGAUCUCCCUCCUUGCCGACCACAACCAGUACGCCCCGUACAAGGUUGACUGCCCUGCCGAAGUGACCUGGAUUCGUAAUGCGACCGGCAUCUCGGAGGGCGAGAAGAAGUACCUCGAGGGCCGCGGCCCUCUCAUCGACGACGCCGUUAAGCGCAUGCUUGCAACGGUCAACAUGACCGCCCCCGCGCGCCGACCCGUCAUUGGUCUCGCUCUGUCUGGAGGUGGUUACCGCGCCAUGGUGAACACGCUUGGGUCUGCCGAGGCGCUCUUCGAUGGCUCGAACACGGACAUCAGCGGUUGGCUCGAUGCGACGAGCUACAUUGUCGGUCUGUCCGGUGGUUCGUGGGCUGUCGGCACUUUUGCGUCCAAUGGCGGUGAGCUGCCCAGCAAGCUCGCUGCCGAUGUGUGGAACCUCGAGAAGUCGUUCAUCGCCCCCGAGUCCAAUAACACGGAGUACUACGACAAGCUCUUCUCCGAGACGGCGGCCAAGCACAACGAGGGCUUCCCCGUUCAGCUGACUGAUGUGUAUGGUCUCGCCCUCGGGGAGCACACUCUCCCGGACAAGUGGCGUCUCGACACCAAGCCGAACAUCACGCUCUCGGCGCUGAUGCAGGAGGUUCCGGGAUAUGCCAACUACUCGCUCCCGCUUCCGAUCAUCAUCGCCGUCGGCCUGCCGGACCCGAAGGCCCCGGCGCAGAAGAACAGCACCGUGUGGGAGUUCAACCCCUUCGAGUUUGGCUCGUGGGACAGCUCCUUCACUCCGAUCGAGUACCUCGGCUCCCCCGUCGACGACGGCAAGAACAACGGCACGUGCUACAAGGGCUACGACCAGGUUUCGUUCAUCAUUGGUGUCAGCGGAACGCUGUUCAACGCUCUUCCGUUCAACGCCGCGACCCUUUUCCAGGGUACGCCCGAGCAGCUCUCGCUCUUCGACAACGACACGGUCAACGUUGCGUCUCUGCCGAACGCGUUCGACCCCGAGGUGGACGGCGGAGUCCUCACGCUCGUCGACGGAGGCGAGAACCAGCAGAACCUUCCCUUCGACCCGCUGCUCGCCAAGGACCGCGCCGUUGACGCCAUUAUCGCCCUUGACGCCUCGGGUGACAGGAACGGAUACCCUGACGGCUCGGCCAUCUACAACACGUACAAGGAUGCGCCGAACGGCACAUUCCCCACGAUCCCCUCAUCAGCGACAUUCGUCAACGAGGGCCUGAACACUCGCCCGGUCUUCUUCGGCUGUGACGAGGACACGCCCCUGGUUGUCUACGUCCCGCACUACCCAUGGGUUGCGCCCACCAACUCGUCCACCUUCAAGUUCUCCUACACCGACGCCGAGCUCAAGCCGCAGAUGCAGAGCACGCUCAUGAGCAUGUCGCUGAACGGCACGGUCGAUGCGUGGCCGACAUGUCUGGCUUGUGCGCUCGUAGACCGCGCCAAUGGCGCCGACAAGCGCACUGAGGAGUGCAAGCAGUGCUUCUCCACCUUCUGCUGGGACGGCAAGGAGAACGACACCGCGCCGGCAAACUACAUGCCCGCCGUGGGCCCGCCCGAAUUCGUCAAGAACGUCAAGCUCGACAUUGCCAAGCCUGACAUGAGCAAGGCGGUCAAGAAUGAGACUGCCGGUGGUAACGGCACGGCGGGCAAGGACGGCAAGGACGGCGCGAAGAACGGCGCUGGCUCGAUGCUGCCCAGCGUCGUUGGCGUGCUCGCCGGCGCGGCGUUGUACGCUCUCUUCUAA